CGGAAGCGCGCGCGCCGGCCCGAGCCCGGUGAGAGCCCGCGGGCGGGACGGGCUGAGGGCGGCAGCGGGGCCGAGCGGCUGAGGGAGGUCCCUGGUGUGUCCCAAAGCACAGCCAUGGAGAAGUGGAGCCUGAUGACAAUCACGGUGUUGCUGGCACUCACCGUGCGCUGGGCUGUGUCCCUGGGGUCCUACUCAGGGGCAGGAAAACCACCCAUGUAUGGAGACUACGAGGCUCAGAGGCACUGGCAAGAAAUCACCUACAACUUACCCAUCAGGCAGUGGUACUUCAAUACAAGUGAUAACAACCUGCUGUACUGGGGCCUUGAUUACCCACCUCUCACUGCCUAUCACAGUUUUGUGUGUGCUUACAUUGCAAAGUUAAUAAAUCCUGAUUGGGUUGCUCUGCACACAUCUCGGGGCUAUGAGAGUCAGCCCCAUAAGUUAUUUAUGCGUACAACAGUGUUUGUUGCUGAUUUGCUGGUUUAUAUCCCUGCAGUUAUUUUAUAUUGUUUUUCCUUGAAAGAAACAUCUGCAAAAAAAAAGGUUUCCAGUGCUCUCUGCAUCCUGCUUUAUCCAGGCCUCAUCCUUAUUGACCAUGGGCACUUCCAAUACAACUCAGUGAGCCUUGGCUUGGCCUUGUGGGCUGUCCUUUGUUUGUCCCGUGACUGGGACCUCCUGGGCUCUGUGGCGUUUUGCUUGGCCUUAAAUUAUAAGCAAAUGGAGCUUUACCAUUCCCUGCCCUUUUUUUGCUAUUUACUUGGAAAGUGCUUCAAGAAGGGACUGAAAGGAAAGGGGCUGGUGCUGUUGGCUAAACUGGCAGGGACAGUGCUGUUGUCCUUCGCUGCCUGCUGGCUCCCGUUCGGCACCGACGUGGAACAAAUCAUGCAAGUACUCAGAAGACUCUUUCCCAUUGACAGAGGCUUGUUUGAGGAUAAAGUAGCCAAUAUUUGGUGCAGUCUAAGUGUCCUUAUAAAGAUAAAGAAUGUAAUAUCCCCUCGAACUCAGCUGAAACUCAGUUUUGCUGUAACAUUCCUGAGCCUGCUCCCUGCCUGUAUCAAGCUCACUGUCCAGCCUUCCCUGCGAGGGUUUAAAUUUGCCUUGGUCAGCUGUGCCUUGUCAUUUUUCCUGUUCUCCUUUCAAGUCCAUGAAAAAUCUAUUCUUCUUGUGUCAGUCCCAGUCUGCUUAAUCAUAAAUGAAAUCCCCUUUAUGGCCACGUGGUUUCUACUUGUGUCAACUUUCAGCCUGCUGCCCCUGCUGCUGAAGGACGGGCUGCUCCUGGCCUACGCCGUGACCACGCCCGCGUUCCUGGCCGUGUGCCUGGCCUCCUUCUCCAUCCUGGAGAAGACCUCAGCAGAGGACCUGCAGCUCAAGGCCUUCUCCCUUUCCCUCAAGGGUUACGUGUCCUGGUUUAAGUCCUUUCCUAGGAUUGUCAGGAGCCUGUUCCUUCUGUCCAUGUCCCUGAUAGGAGUCCUGUCUGUCCUGAGUGCUGCAGUGCCUCCUCCCCAGAGCCUCCCAGAUUUAUUCCCCGUGGCCGUGGCCGUUGUUUCCUGCCUGCACUUCCUGCUGUUCUUGGUGUAUUUUAACGUUGUGAUGCUCUGGGACUCCAAGAAUAGAGGGCAGAAGAAAAUGAGUUAAUGAAGCUGAAGCUCCAGGACUGAGUGUGCUCAGUGAGAGGUGCCAGCACUGCAGAGGAGCCUGUGUGUGAUGGACACAACUGCUGGAACCCCAGGAAAGCCAGGAAACACCUUUUGCUUAUUUAAACACAAAACAAUCAAAGACUGUUCUAAAGGAGAAAUAUUUUGAAGAGCAUUGGGAAUGGGAUUUGGUUUGUUUUCUCUGGAAGUGUCACACUUUUGUUACCAUUUGUAAACCUAAAAUGCCUAAUAAAGGACCAAAUUUUGAAUUAAUGCUAAAA